CCUCCAAAAAAGAAACCCUCCGAUUCCGGUAAACAACCAUUUCUCCGUCGCGAACCUAAUCGAGAAGAUGGACCAAGUGAAUCAAGGGUCGAGCUCAUCUCUUACCAAUAAGCGAAAGAGAGGUCGUCCUCGCAGAGACGAAAGCCAGACUCAGCUACCAGUGAACCCACUUGUUAGUACUACUAUUGACGAGAAUCUGAUUGGUCAAGUUGUUUCUGGUGUGGUUGAAGGUUCUUUCGAGGCAGGCUAUUUUCUCAAUGUCAAGGUUGCUGACACGGAAAAGCAAUUGAAAGGCGUUGUUUUCUUACCAGAUAAAGUCACUCCAGUUACCCCAGCAACUGAUUUGUUUCCCCAAGCUAAGAUGUAUGCAAGAAACGAUAUCCCGAUUCCCUUGUUAAACCAACAAACUCCACUUCAGGGAAAGAAAAACGCUGGGAGUCAAACUGAUGACAUCGGUUCUGAGCCUCAAACAGAUGCCUUGAUCGCUGAUAAGAACCAAUCUGCUACUUGCACCACAUCGCUGCCCGAUAUUCAUACAAUGAGUGAUGCUGGUGUUGGUUCUGUGAGGGGAAACUCAUGGAACCUGAAAGCCAAACCCUCUCUCUCAUGCCACAGUUUGGUAGUGAUGGCGUACCCAAAGAAGAUUCAUACUGUUCUGAGAUCCGAAGCUUGUGCAGCAAGUAAGACAGCAGUUACAGUCACUACUACUUCACCUAAAGAUUCAAUUGCUAAAGGUUCUACUACUUUGGUUGAUUUCUUUCCAGCAACUGAAAUGUCGCGAAAGCAGGCCGCGGGAUCCAGCUCUACACUGAACCUUGAACUCUUUCAGAAGGAAACUAAACUAUCAGGAACAGAGGAUGAGAAAUCUCCUGCAGAUGCUGAACCUCGUGGAAUGGAGGAAAAACCAGUUUCUACCGUUGAAGAUGUGCCAGAGGAGCUUCAGCUAGAGCUUGGCAACAAGAAAAUGAGUGCAUCAGGCAUUGCUACUGAAGCAAAUCCUGAUCAGUCUGCUUCAUCAAAGAGCGGGUUCUUGGCGAAUGCUUUUGAAGGAAAAGAAGAAACUGCAAAAGAUCAAGAAGAAACGGCAAAAGAUCCAGAAGAAUCUAAUGCAGCUUCAGAGAGUGGCUUCCCAGAAGCAACAUCACAAAGUAAAUGAUAAUGAUUCUUGAGAAGUGAAUUGCAACAUCGAAGAAGCAGUUGGUAUCAUUGAGGAACUGAACAGUUUUUU